AUGUGGCGUAUUGGCAAUGGUGAAAAGGUGGUGGCAAAGAGAGACAAAUGGAUCCCUACUGUUGCGGGACUCAAAGUGGUGGGGCAAAUGAGGAAUUCUGACCCAGAUGUCAGAGUCAGCAACUUUAUUGAUAGCGAGCUAGGUAUGUGGAGGACUGAUUUGAUGAGGCAAACUUUUGAAGCAGAUGAAGCUGAGCACAUUCUGGGUAUCCCUCUCUCUAGAAGGAAUGUAGUGGAUAAACAAGUUUGGCACCAUGAAAAAUCUGGAGCAUACUUUGUUAAAACAGCGUACCACGUGUGUAUUCGGGACAAGGAAGCGAAGGAGCCAGGGCCUUCUAAUCCUCCCUCCCAGGAGCUUUGGAAGAAGGUUUGGAACGCUCCUAUCCAUACCAGAAUAAAACACUUUCUAUGGAGGCUUGCCUGCAAUAUUCUUCCUACUAAAACAAAUUUGCAGAAAAAAGGAAUUGCGUUGGAGGAAACUUGUGGCCUGUGUCAUCAAGGAAAUGAAUCAACCAAUCAUCUUUUCACUCAACGUGACUUUGCCAGAAGGGUGUUCUUUGCAUCGGUCCUUGGAUAUCACUCAAAUGGGACAAAUGACACUAAUGCUUUGCUGUUUGAGAUGUUGUCCAAUUGCAAUGUUUUCUUUGUGCAGGUAUCUUGUUACUUACUCCACCAUAUAUGGAAGGCUCGCAACCUCAGGCUCUAUCAGCAGAAGGAUGUUGAUCCUGUCAAGGUGGCCAUGGAAGCUAGGUACGCUGUUAUGGAGCUAAACCACCACAACCCAUCAUGGGCGAAAAAUAAAAAUCCUGAAAGUGUGGAAAAUGGAAGUGCAUCAGCUGUUGGCUUUCAUACUGUUAGGGUCGAUGAUGGAUUAGGAGAGAACGACGUGGUUACUUUUGGUUGUGUGAUUUUGGACGACGAGGAAAAGCCAGUGAUAUCUCUCUGCAAAAAACAGGUAUUAAGGUCCAAUCCUAGCUUGGCAGAAGAUUUGGCAUUGAGAUGGAGCAUGGAGACAACCAUCAGUUUAAAGCUCAGUAAGGUGAUCUUUCAAUCGGAUGCAAAAAAAUUGGUGGACUGUGUCAAUGAAGUUACUACACAUGUGUGUCUGGAAUUAGUUGCAGAGGAUUGUCGCAGCCAUUUGAAGUCUUUCAGUAUUGCUAGUAUUGUUUUUAUUCCUAGGAAGCUUAAUUCAAAAGCCCAUGCUUUGGCUCAAUUAGCAAAGUCAGUUGGCUCAAAAACUUGGCUGGGAGUUUGCCCAAUUGUGGACUCUCCCUCCCCUGUGUUGUAA